CACACACUGGACCCGGGUGUGCUGGGGAGAAAACAUGUCACCUCGAAGAGGAUUUAGAUUUUAUUUUUUUUAUUGAAUUAAAGAGUUACUAAUGUCCUUUCAUCCAAGUUCACAAAUAGGGACGGCUAAAGGUUCUUGCACAGCAGCCCAUCAUUUGAUAAAAUAAGAAGAUAAGAUGGUCUGUAGAGUUGAGGAACGACAAAUGCAUUUACAUGUAUUAAUAACAAUGGCAUUUAAUCUUAAUGUAGGUUUUGCAUGACUUGUUCAUCAUACUGCUGGCUCUGUCUUUUUAAUAUACACAAUAAUGGCCGAAAUGCUGCAAACUUAAACAUGUAUAGCAGUUAUACAUCAUAUCAGUAUAUAUGGGGACAUGUAAAUAUACACACACUUUAAUAAUAACCAUGCAUUCAUGUAUUGGGGAAGAACAACUGUGUCACCUCACAGCACACACAAAUCAUAAUAUGAUCCUGUGAUUUACAGCAAUAAUUCUAUAUUACAAACAAGUAAUAAUAGUGUCGUGUAAUACAGUCAAAUAUUAGUAACACUACUAAGAACAUAUUUCAAUAAUCGCAUAUACGAUUUUAUCAAUCUUAUUGUUGAUGAUGUGAUAUGAUAUGAUAAUAAGAAGUAUUUAUCUAGUUUUCAAUGCGUUAAAUCGUUUUCAUUUUUUGACACACAUCUCCCUGGCUUUCUUCCCUGCAGAAAUGAGCCUGAUAAAUAGAUAACCACGGAGGAUCAGGGUGCACUAGAGGUGUAACAUACUUACACAACGCGUCAUGAUUGCCACCCUUGCAAAUAAGCAGCGGUGGCAUCGGAAAUGGACUGUACCAAAUAAACACGGUGGCACAGCCAGCCAGAUCCUUGGCAGGCACGUGGCCUUUAAACAUCUUUAGAACGUUUUUUCUCGACUUAUAACGAGUAGGAUUACACCCCGCGUGCUUCCACGCUGUGCAUUCAACACGCGACGCCGCUGCCUGACGCUUCGCACCUCUCUCUCCUCUUUGGGUUCCCCCUCCGCUGCGAGCCGGUGUCUCAGCGUAUGGUAGAGACUUCCAUCCUGUCUGGUCCCCCGGUUCUCUCUCUCUCUCUCUCUCUCUCUUUUUUUUUCUGGAGAGAAGAAGUUGGCGAAGGGAUGCGACUGCGAUGAUGGCGCUGCAGCUGGGGAACGGGGAUGCGGCGUACUACCAGAGCGCGGAUUACUGCAGAAAUUACACCUCGCCGCCUGUCAGCUACUGUGAAAGCAGCCAUUAUCUCGCCCGUUUGCCAGAAACAGAGACCAUGUUGAAACCUCCCCUGAGUCUCUUCAGCCAUCUCCAGCAACCUUUCCACCACAUCGACUCUCUGCACCACCUGGGACCUCCGCCGAUGGCGCCUACGCAGCCUCUCGGCCCGCCGCCUCUUGCCCCCGCUCAGGCGAUUGGGCCCCCGAUGAUGGUUCCUACCCAGACUCUCGGCCCUCCCCACAUGCCUGCUUCUCACGCAUUAAGACAUCCUCAGAUUGCUCCGCCGCACAGCUUAGGACCCCCUCCGAUGGCCCGAGCUCAGCCACUGGGUCCUCCACCUAUGGCGCACACCUUGGGUCCCCCACCUGUAGAUCACACACAAGCAAUAGUGCCUCCCACCAUGGACCUCAUACAACAGUUGGGUCCUCCACCUCUGAGUUCUGCACAAUCCCUGGUACCCCCACCUGGAAUCUGCCGAUUUCCCCUCCCUCCGAGGCCCUUGUCCUCCCCUUCUGCUCCCUGCCCAGAUACUUCACACCUGCCCCCAAUGCCUCCUAGACCGGCCAUCAUCCCGGCCUCCAUGUCCUGCCUCCUCCCCGUCCCGCUCACUGGUCAGGGCGCCCCGGCCAGCGAGCGACCGCAGGAUGAGGGUUCUCAUCCUGGGACGGAGGAGCAGGAAGACUCCGCGGGGUUGGGCGAGCUGUGUAAACCCCUGUACUGUAAACUCUGCAACGUUACUCUCAACUCUGCUCAGCAGGCACAGGCUCACUACCAGGGAAAGAACCACAGCAAAAAGCUUAGAAAUUUCUACGCUGGCAAUCAGCAGCUUCCAGCCAUCAGGAACCCAGAGGUCCUCGAGGCGACCGGCCAGACGUCCCUCUGCUCAGGAUCAAACGACAGUGACGCAGGCAGGCAGGCGCAGUAUAAGGGGGCGACCCGGGUUAUCUUGGCCACAGAAAAUGACUAUUGUAAGCUGUGCGAUGCCUCGUUCAGUUCGCUGGCCGUUGCACAGGCCCAUUACCAGGGAAAGAACCAUGCCAAGAAACUACGGCUCGCUGAGGCCCAACAGAACUCUAGUACCGUGGAGGGCAGCAAUGAAACAGCCCCAAGAAGAAACAGGAACGAUGGCAGUGAAUACAGACUGGUGAAAAACCGCCGCAGUCCACAGAUACCUGCUUGCAUGCCAGGACCGUACUACAACCCCAGGCCGAGGCAGCGCAUUCCCAGGGACCUGGCCAUGUGUGUGACCCCCAGCGGACAGUUCUACUGCUCCAUGUGCAACUGCGGGGCCGAGCAGGAGACGGACUUCAGGCAGCAUCUGGAGAGCAAGCAGCACAAAGCAAAAGUGUCCGAGUUAAGAUACCGCCACGAGAUGGAGCACCUCGGCUACAGCUAAGAGAACAAGAGGGGAGGAGGGGGAGAGAUCAAACAGAGAUUACGGUAGAACAGAAUGUGUGGAGAGACAAAGCGCAGAAAAUCUAAUACCAAGCUAUGGUUGAAGGGCAUAUUUAGCAGAGGGAUUAGCCCAAAUUACCUCAAGAUUUUGUUGUAAUUCAUUGGAUAUACGCUUAAACAUUUAAAUCCUAAUAUUUGACAUAAUGCUCUAAUCGGAUUCGAUGGAUUUAUUUCAUUUGGGUAUUGUUCUUAAAAUUCAGUCUGGAUAUUGAAGCAGAUUGCAACAAGAGAACAGAGAACAGGACUAUUAGGCAAGUAAGCACUUUUUGAGUAAAAAAAGUAUUUAUUUUUACCUUUACAUUUACCUUUUUGACCCACUCCAUGGGUUGUGUUCUGACUAAUGGUAGAAGUAAAUAAAGAUGAAUUGCAUGUAUUUCUUAAGCUUGUUAAGGCUGCAGGGAGAUGACUAGUGGUGCACGGAGGGAGAAAAACACUUUACACAUCAAGAGAGAAUGCAAAAAAGUGAAAAAAAUAUUGGUUGGUAUGAAUAAAAGGUAGAAUAGAAGCAAACACUUGAAGCCGGAACAAUUCAUCCUCUAGAAACAGAAUCAGUGACAACUAAGUUUGAGACCUGUUUCAACUCUUACGUUCAGUUUGAAUGAGCCCUGCAGGGUUGUUUUUUUCUACAGGCCCUACAGAAGGAGUUCAGGGCCACUUACUGUAGUGGUCACGGAGCCACAUAUUCAACAUCGUUCUAACCUUAAACAGGUCAGGAAAUCCAAAGCGCUGUUUGCAAAGUUAAAAAAACAAAGCACAACAAACCAAAUCAUCCGGUCAGUGCUCAUUAAUCCGUUUGGUGUGUAUGUGGCUGGAGGCUACACCCUGGCUGGCCUUCUUUGUGCCUUUGGUGAGAAUUAGGCUAAAGAAUAAACUUUGGCUAGCCAUUUUGACACAAUAGUGGAAAAUAAUCCGCAGUAUUUCUAGAUUUUGUGCCACCUCUUGUCUUGUGAUCACAAAUCACAGAUGUUGUGUAAAUAUUCUCACUUAAAUAUCAAUGUAAAUAUAGGAAAAUAUACAUGAAUACUAUGGAUCAUUUGGUUUUUGUUAGCCUAGCCUAUAUUGUUAAUACUUUAAUCUAUUUAAUAAUGAUCAGGAAUCUUGUAUAAACUGUGCACUGUGCGUCUGAAUGUCUACCCAGCAGCACUACACGUUGUAUGUGUGGACUUUACUGUUGGCCACCACUUCGACCGUCCACUUGAUCAACGGUAAAGUCCUCUGGUAUCAUCCGCCCAGUUACAAGCUGCUAGUCUCAUCCUUUGACGGCGCUGUAGGACCACGUGACGGAGGGCGCAGCCUAAAUCUUUGUCUUCCCAACACACCCAAACUGGCACUGUGGUGAGAGGAAAUGUGCAAUCUAACUAAUUUGAAAAUUGCAUAAAACAGUGUGCAGAGCCUCGUGAUUGUUCCUGGUUGUGCGACGUAUAAUUUAAUUCUCACAAUCAAUCUCGAUUCCCACAGGACACAUAACCGGGUUUUACCACAGUGUUAAGGAGGACAGACAGUUCAGGACAGAUCUUUUUUUAGUGUUGUUAUUUUGUUUUUUCACCCUGUAUGACCCAGGUACAGCUGUUUAUCAGUUUGAAGCCCAUCCCCAAAAGAUCAGUUAUGUAAUCAGAACCAAAUUAGAUUUUCUGUUUUUAGCUUAUUUGAUUAUCUGUUCCAGUUCAGUGCGACUGAUCUGAAUAUCGUGCAAUUACAUAAAUGUCUAAAGAAUACAGUGACUACAAUACAACUCCUGCCCUUUAAAACAUAUUUCUCAAUGUGUGUGGCUUUAAUCCUUUAAAAACAAAAAAACAAAUUGUCCGUGCCUCAAAAGUCAUUUUAUGUAGCGGUUGAAGGGUUUUCCCAUUUAGAUUCUUAUAUAUAGAGGGAGAUCUGUUAUUCAGAAGAGAAAAAACCCGUCCUUUUUCAAUUCCAAUUUGGUUUUCCAUAUUUGUAUGCAGUGCGCGCACACACACACACACACACACACACA